AUGAACUUCGUUACACCCUCAACAGAGUACAAUGGAAAACAAGUUAUACCUUUCUUUGGAAGAACCCACCCCUUCAGCAAUUUUUUCCCAGCAACAUUUGACCUUUGGGGUUUUAGAUUCUCCUGUUCAGAACAGGCAUACACAUACAUAAAAGCCUGGUAUUUUAAAGAUGAGUACUCAAUAACCCAAAUAAUGGAAGAAACUUACCCCCAUAAGAUUAAAAGAUUAGGUAGGACAAUUAAAAAUUUUAACCGAAGAGAGUGGAAUUCGGUAAGUGAAGAAUACAUGUUCCAAAUUCUAACAGCCAAAUUCACCCAAAACAGAAUCCUCGCCCAAGACCUAAUAAAUACAAAACGCCUACAAAUUAUAGAAGUGAAUCCGUAUGACUCAAGGUGGGGGUGUGCACUUUCGAUAGACCAGCUAAAAGCUGGGAAACCAUUUAAAGGUGAGAAUUUAAUGGGAAAAUUAUUAGAGGAGGUAAGAAAGAACCUUAAAAUAUCCACCCAAAACAAACCAAACACACACACCUAUGGAAAAUUUAGACCAAAAAUUCCAUCACUCAACGAGGUCCCCUUUAAAGAACCACCUAAUUUUUUUAGGAAUGUCUACUGGCAGAUCUAA